UGAUCCCCAGCCCUCCUCCUCCUUCCUCUUCUCCCGUUCUGUCUCUCCCCUCCCUCCUCCCUUUUACCCCUUUGCUCCCUGGAGAAGCCAAAGAAGAUUGCAGCCGCCUGGAAACCGAAUGUGAACAAGCAAGCAAGCAAGCAGCGAAGGAAAGCGAGAGGAGGAAGAGGAGGAGGAGGAGGAAGGGGGGGAGAGAAGGGGGCCUUGGAUUAGAGCAACCACCAUUAGGGCAGAGGAAGAAGCGACAACAAGCCGCCGCAGAAUACCGAGCGAAGGAGGAAAAUCCACCGAGCCCAGAAAGGAAAGAGGGGACUCGUUUUUCCGGCCAGGGUUGGCUUUGACCCUUUUGGGCAGUUCACCCUUUUUUGGAGAGGCGGUGUGCGCGCUGCAAGGCAGGCGGGGGGAGCAAGGAAGAGACAUUUCUAGAUCCUCCGAGCCCAGGAUUUGGGGAGGUUUCUCUUGCUUUGGAGCCUUUGGGUUGGAAAAGAGGAUUUUUUUUUAAAGCGGGGGAGAGAGAAGAAGGGGAAUAAAGACGGAGAGACGUUUCUUGAUCCCCCCCCCUCCACCACCACCGUCGGAAGGUGGCGUGGAUAUAAAAAUACACAUUUUUUUUUUUUGCAGGGAGGAAGAGGGAGACAGCUAUUUUUUUAAAAUCCUGCGGAGGUUUCCCCCCCCCUCCCCCUUUUUUGGUGGCUGCCAGCCCUCCCCACCCCAAUCCUCCCCCCCACCCCUUUUUCUAUUUUUUUUAAUUUUUUUUAAAAAAGGAUCUGCAUUGUGAGAUCUAGCCGAGGUGUGGGGGAGCGAGAGGAGGAGGUGGAGGCCCGGGGUUGAGCAGGAGCAAAGUCAUCGCUCUUCUCUCCCCCCCCCCUUUCCCCACCCCCACCCCGUAGCAGGCUCCGGGCUCAGCUCUCUCCAUGUCUUUAGGCAGCGGCGGCAGCUGGGAGUAAAAAAAUAAUUUUUUUACCCAAAGUGGGGGAGGGCAAACGAAGAAGAGAGGAUCCCCCCUCUUUUUUGCAACAAUCCCCGAUUGCUUCCUGCUUCCCCCCUCCCUGUUCCUUUCCCUCCCCACCCACCCCAAGAUGGGCUGUUUAGGGAACAGCAAGACUGAGGAUCAGCGCAACGAAGAGAAGGCGCAGCGGGAGGCCAACAAGAAAAUCGAGAAGCAGCUGCAAAAGGACAAGCAGGUCUAUAGGGCCACGCACCGGCUCCUCUUGCUGGGUGCUGGGGAAUCUGGUAAAAGCACAAUUGUCAAGCAGAUGCGGAUCUUGCAUGUGAACGGAUUUAAUGCAGAGGAGAAAAAAAUGAAAAUUCAGGAUAUUAAAAACAAUAUUAAAGAAGCUAUAGAGACAAUAGUGACAGCAAUGGGAAACCUGGCACCACCAGUCGAGCUAGCCAAUCCAGAGAAUCAGUUUCGAAUCGACUAUAUAUUAAACUUAGCAAACCAGAUAGAUUUUGACUUCCCACCAGACUUUUAUGAACAUACAAAAACACUUUGGCAAGAUGAAGGUGUGAAAGCUUGCUACGAGAGAUCCAAUGAGUAUCAGUUGAUCGAUUGUGCACAGUAUUUCCUAGACAAGAUUGACAUAGUCAAGCAAAAUGAAUACACACCAUCCGACCAGGACCUUCUUAGAUGCAGAGUUCUGACAUCAGGAAUAUUUGAAACCAAGUUUCAGGUGGACAAAGUAAACUUUCAUAUGUUUGAUGUUGGUGGGCAGCGAGAUGAACGCCGAAAAUGGAUCCAAUGUUUUAAUGAUGUGACCGCUAUCAUAUUUGUGGUGGCCAGCAGUAGCUACAACAUGGUUAUACGAGAAGACAAUCAGACCAACCGGCUUCAGGAAGCAUUAAACCUUUUCAAAAGUAUCUGGAACAACAGGUGGCUACGGACCAUUUCAGUAAUUCUUUUCCUGAACAAACAGGAUUUGCUAGCAGAGAAAGUUUUGGCAGGGAAAUCUAAAAUUGAAGACUACUUUCCAGAAUUUGCUCGCUACACCACACCAGAUGAUGUAGCAACACCAGAACCUGGUGAGGAUCCUAGAGUUACAAGGGCCAAGUAUUUUAUUAGAGAUGAAUUUCUUAGAAUCAGCACAGCGAGUGGAGAUGGAAGGCACUAUUGCUAUCCUCACUUUACAUGUGCAGUGGAUACAGAAAACAUUCGGAGGGUUUUCAAUGACUGUCGGGACAUUAUUCAACGGAUGCACCUUCGCCAGUAUGAGUUAUUGUGAUGGAGAGCACUUUCCCUCUUGUUUUUGGACUCCUUAACUCCUUAUUAAAAAGAAAAAAAAAACCUUGCCCGCAUAGGGUGGAAGAGAACUGUUGCAAUCUCCCUCUGACUUGCAUCCCUCAAACCUUUUCUCCUUGCUGGACAAGUAGCAGCCCUGCUAAGCUUGCUUGUUUUUGCCCCUUUGGAACAGUUCGAGACGGCCUUUGAAACGCGAAGGGCAACUGCCUGUGUGAGCAGGGGAGGGUUUCUCUAACACUGUCAUUAACAAUAAAUAAAUUAAAUAAUAAUGCCCUGGAUGAGGAGCAUCUGAGAGGAUUUGGGAAUUAAAGUUAAAUAUUAAAAAGCAAACAAAAAAAAAAGAAUACAGGAGGAAGAACUAUAGGUAAUUUAGCACUGUUGUGGGCAUAAUCAUAUUGUCCCAUGAUUUUCAACUUUGUAUCCAUUCACUGCAUCAGAAAAAAGAAAAAGAAGGUGCCAAGUCUCAGACCAAGAUGGAAGGACAGUCGUUCAAGUUUGGUUUUCUGCCUCUGAAUGUGACUUUUGAGCAGAUAAUACUGACGAUUCUACAGCAGAACCUUGACAGUGCAAAAGCCACUGUGACCUUUCGUAAGGUGUUGCACUUGGAUGGUCCUUGGGUGUCCCGAGGACAGUUGCGAAAUGAUCUGCGUUAAUGGCCUGUGAUCGCAGAAAGAGUUUAACCACACACACUGUUUUCAGUUCAUCCACUGAUGAUGCUGUCUGCUAAAGAAAGCAAACAAAACCAACAAAAAUUAUUAUCGGGACUGUAGUCCUCACCACCUCGCCCCCUUCUCUUCAUUUCCCUCCUCCCCCGCCUCUUUCUUUCCCAAUUUUUAUUUUACUGCUGGAUUAUUAUUCUUGUACAGACUGUAAAAUGUAUUAUUUUGUACAACUUUAUUGAAAAAAAAUAACUUGUAGAAGAUCUUUGUGCCUUGAUUAUGGCUGUACCCGUGCAAUGAGCUAAGAUGUAAGUAUGUUUGAUUGCGCUGUACAGCUUUGUCAACCCCUAUCAGCAGCAUUCGCUCAAGGUAGGGAAAAUUUAUCUGUAGUUUAGGGGAUUUUUUUGUUUUUGUUUUUUUUGUUUUGUUUUGUUUCUGGUUUAUAAAAGGAGGAGGAAAAUACUGUUUAGUUAAAAAAAAGUACAAAUUGUGCAAACUUAAACCACUUUAAAAAGUGAGGUCUACAACAAGUGACCGGAUGUUGCAGCAUCAUGCUUUUUAAUUUUUAGCUUUAACUCAUUUAAAUCUCUAUCCAAAUGCAAAACAUGGCUUGUUUCUACAUAAACCAAAUUUUGCUACAAAUUAUAAAUGUUAGUCUUUUGUCAUUCAUAGUCCUUUUAUUUUUAUUUUUUUGCAAAAAAGAUAAAUACAGAACAAAAAAGAAAUAAACAUACAGGUGUUGGCACAGGUCUGGUGGCCAGAUCUGUUCUGGGUCAGAUACUUCCCCUCCCCUUCUGCUAUUUCUACAGGGGCAUAAGGCACCGCCCCCCCCCCCGCCCCAAUGACAAAGUGUGCGUUGUCCCUGGAUUUGGCCACUGAAUUUCAGUUUCAAAUGACAUUUUAUUUCUCUUUUAAUAAAAAGAUAUGGUAGACCUUU